UCCGUCUUCUCCAGCCAGCUCUGCCCCAUACCAGUCAGUCUUCUCCUUCUUCUUCACACUUCAACACCUCCACAACUCCACCGCAUGCUUCAAUCUUCAAUUACUCUAAUUGAUUUGCUGAAUCUUCCACUAGCUCAUAUAAACCAUGAUGGGCUCCGAGAACCACCACGACUCGAAGGAAGAGAUGGAGAGUCUCAUCCUCGACGACCCGCCGCCUCCGUUGAACAACGGCGCCGACAAAUCCUCCUCAUCGUAUUCCAAUUACCGCAGCGCCAUGUCGUCCCUCGCCGAUAGUCACCACCCGCUCGCCGCGUCAUCUCCCGUCCCGGCUGAUUCCGAUCCCCUCCUCACGGCGCCACCGCCGUUCCGCGAUCUCCGAAACCCUAACGGCGCCGACGUCCUCGACCCGCCGUCCUACGCCGACGUGGUCUUCAGUCCGCUCGACGGCGAGUCGAUCGGCGAAAUCAACGGCGCCGAGAGUCCGAGCAAAAGCUCCGACCACUCCAGCUCUUACUCGCUGUCGCGAUCUCCGUCGUCGAGCUCCGAGUACAUCAAAAUCACGGUGGCGAAUCCUCAGAAGGAGCAGGAGUCCACGAACUCGGUCAUCCCCGGAGGCAACACUCACGUGACGUACCUGAUCACGACGAGGACGAACAUCCCGGAGUUCGGUGGAUCCGAGUUCGGCGUGCGGCGGCGGUUUCGCGACGUGGUGACGUUAUCGGACCGGCUGGCGGAGGCGUACAGAGGGUUCUUCAUUCCGCCGCGGCCGGAUAAGAACGUGGUGGAGAGCCAGGUGAUGCAGAAGCAGGAGUUUGUUGAGCAAAGAAGAGUGGCCUUGGAGAAGUACUUACGACGGCUAGCGGCUCACCCUGUGAUCAAGAAGAGUGAUGAGCUCAAGGUGUUUCUGCAAGUCCAGGGGAGGCUGCCGCUGGCUUUGACUACUGACGUGGCGUCAAGAAUGCUGGAUGGGGCAGCUAAACUGCCCAAGCAGUUGUUCGGGGAGAGUGCUCCGGUGGCUCCACACGAGGUGGUUCAGCCUGCGAGAGGCGGUAGGGACUUGUUGAGGUUGUUUAAGGAGCUGAAGCAGUCUGUGGCCAAUGACUGGGGAGGUUCGAAGCCGCUGGUGGGGGAGGAGGAUAAGGAGUUUAUGGAGAAGAAAGACCACAUGCAGGAGCUCGAGCAACAACUUAGCAAUGCGUCGCAGCAGGCUGAAUCACUUGUAAAAGCUCAACAAGACAUGGGAGAGACUAUGGGAGAGUUAGGACUAGCGUUUAUAAAGUUGACGAAAUUUGAGAAUGAAGAGGCCUUGUUUAACUCCCAAAGAAUACGUGCUGCUGACAUGAAGAAUGUGGCAACAGCUGCUGUCAAAGCCAGUCGAUACUAUCGAGAAUUGAAUUCUCACACUGUCAAACAUUUGGACACAUUCCAUGAGUAUCUUGGGCUAAUGUUAUCAGUCAAUGGUGCAUUCUCGGAUCGAUCAAGUGCUUUGUUGACAGUUCAGACUCUUCUAUCAGAAUUGGGCUCAUUGCAAUCAAGAGCUGAGAAACUUGAAGUUGCAUCAAACAAAAUUUUUGGUGGUGACAAAUCAAGGACUCGCAAACUAGAGGAGUUAAAUGAAACCAUAAGAGCUACCGAGGAUGCCAAGAAUAUAGCAAUAAGAGAAUAUGAAAGAAUCAAGGAAAACAACAGAAGUGAAUUGGAAAGGCUUGACAGUGAGAGGAAUGCCGAUUUCUUGAACAUGUUGAAGGGGUUUGUCCAUAAUCAGGUGGGAUAUGCCGAGAAAAUAGCAAACGUGUGGUCCAAGGUUGCCGAGGAGACUAGCUCGUACGCAAGAGAGAGCUCUUGAACCCCUGUGGCUGUAAAUGAAGUUUCUGCCACUUCUUUUUUCUUUAGAUUUAAUUGAUACCACUUGAAAGGAAAUUUUCAUUACAUUACAUUCAUAAGUAACCAAGAAAGGGAGCCGUUGAUAGUUCAUAAGUUUAUGUGUCCCAAGGUUGUAUCUGUUACAUAGUUAAUCAAACAUUUUUAGAGUUCAUACCGUAAAUUGGUGCUUGUUUGAUUUUGGUACUUCGAAUCUGCUGGGUUGUGGCAAAUGGGAUAGAAUGGGGAGGACAUUGUGGUGUGUGAUGAUACUCUUGGUUCAUAGAAUCAGUGUGCUACUUUGUUUUGCUGAUUCUUUCAUCAUCAUCCUGUGAGAUGGCCUUUUUUUUUUUCCUUUUGUUCAUUGUAAGGCUCUUCACCAUGUAACUGUUCAAAAGUGGGAAAACUUGGUGGUUCUGUCAUUUCCUUAGAUUAGAAAAUUAAUCGACUUGAUUAUUCAUUUA